AUGUCUGAACAACAAUUUCAUCAAACCACUGACGGAUCGAGCCGAUCGGAAACACCUUUUUCUUCAAGAAAACAAGAAAUUCCAUUGUAUUGUUCUGAAAUUGAAAUUGGUGAUUUGGAUGAUGAAAUUACACCCAUCUCCGAUCUUGGUGGAAAUGUCUAUUCCUUUGCAACCGAUGAGGAAGAUGAACUUGUGCGAAAUGAAAAGGGAUCAAUUUCAAACACACUUCGAACAAUUUCAUGUCGUACCAAUGUGCCUGAAUAUGAAAUUAAUUUGGAUUUACCACCCAAUGAAAGAUGGACAAACUUAGUUGAUGAUUAUAAAGAAAAGUUUCCUGCAUUGAUCAAAUUUUUAGAAGGUGAAAUGAAUGACGUUCUUGGAGGAGGUAUUCGUGCUACAUUUGCCAAAACUUUCCUGAACAUGAUUUUUAACGUGUUUACAAACUCAGGAGCAGUGUAUUACUCACAAGAAUUGAAAGCAGUUGCUCAACAAGCGAAUUUACCAUUGGGACUAUUGGCAUUCAUGCAAUUAAGUUAUGAACUGUUCGCUUGUUGUACGAGUGUUGUAAAAGAGAAUAGUGAUGGAUUUCCUAUUCAUGUGAGAACUAUGGACUGGGCUAUGGAUUUAUUGAAAGAAUACACAGUUCAACUUAAUUUCACAAGAAAUGGAAAAACACUUUUUAAAGCAUCCAGUUGGGCAGGAUAUUUGGGAGUAUUAACGGGAUGUAGACCCAAUGGAUUUUCGAUAUCCAUUAAUUUUAGAAGUACAGAAGAUGGUCACUUUGGAAAGAAUAUUAUCAAAACUAUUACAAGAGGUUGGCCCAUCAGCUUCCUUGUUCGAGAAACUUUACAAGAUUGUGAAACAUACUCACAUGCAGUAGCAAUUUUGAAAAAUAGCAAAUUGAUCGCACCUGUAUAUAUUACCGUUGCUGGUUGCAAGAAGGGAGAAGGAACAAUCAUUACACGUCAACGAGAAACCUUCAGUUCUGACAAUUAUCUUAUUUCACUCCAGGAUUUGCACAAUAAUACCCAAAUUUCAAAACAAUAUUAUUUAAAAGAAGCAAAUGCCAUGAUUCAGGCCAAUGCCGACUGGUGGAAGAGUUUGAAAGAAAUUAAGGAUCAGUGUAACAUUUUAUUAUCCAGUGAGAGAUUGAGUAAGGCAUUCAAACAUCUAAAGAAAAUGCCACAAGAAUUGACCACUAUCGAUUCAGUGACCGACAUGUUUUCGAAGUAUGGAAAUUAUCCUCUCAAGAAUGAGACCACUAUUUAUAUUACCGCCAUGAAUCCAAGUAAUGGAGAUUAUGCAACCAUUUUGGUAUAG